CAAAUUCUUAUAUGUCUAAUUAUCAAAACUUAGUUGCAGAACUUAUUGGAACAUUGGAGGAUUUAAGAGAGAAAAAGGAAGAACUUAAGAGUGAAAUUUAUGAAGAAGAAGAAGAAAGACGUAGAAUUGAGAAAGAAUUGGAGAUUCUUUCAGAAAGACUAGAUCGAGUUAAUGGUAUUCAAUUAAUAUAAUUAAUUAAUCUAGAAACAGUCAUGAGAACAGCUACUGAAAAAAGAGAACUAGAAAAGACAAUAUAAGAAACUGAGCAUACUAAAAAUAAGAUUGUAGAGAGCCUUAAAACUCUAUUACAUGUACUAUAAAAAGAAUCAUAAUAUCACAUUAAAGAAUAAUGAUUACAUAUUUUCC